GGGGGGGCCCAGGGGGGCUCCCAUCGUGGGCUGUUGAAGUUGCUGAGCUGCCGCCUGGGGUAUUUCUUUGCCUUGGGGGGCCCCUAAAGAAGAUAGAGGGGCCCCCAAAGUGUGAGAAAGGAGAGUGGACGACAUGGGAGGCCCUUUGUGCUCUCUUGCACGACAAGGGGCCCCCUGAAUCUCUAGAGAUUAUUAAGCGAGCUGUGAGGGGGCCCCCUGCUGCUACAGUGCUAGCGGGGCCCCUCUUAACCCUGGGGGCCCUCUACCGCUUGGCAGCAAAAGUGAAGCCUCUCCUCCCCUACCUCCUGCGGGAAAUGUGGCGACGCCAGCAGCAGCAGCAGCAGCAGCAGCAGCAGCAGCAGCAGCAGCGACGGGAAACGUUAGGGUUUGGGUUGCUGCAUUGGAGUGAAUUUCAGGCGCUGCUGCUGCAGGCCAUCCAUGCAAAUGCAGAGGAUAUGCCGGGGCCCCCCAACAGCAACAACAGCAGCAGCAGCAGCAGCAGCAGUUUGAGUGCAGAGGAGUGGCUGCUGCUGCACGGCUGCUUAGCCUUUAGACACGUAUGGAGGGGGGGCGGAGGGACAGAAGAGAUAUUUGAUUUGUGGGUAGCUGCGCGUUCAUUGCUUUCUUGUCUCCUUCUGGGGGCCCCCAGGGGGGCCCCACAGCAGCAAGCAACACCUGCAGCAGCAGCAGCAGAAGCAGCAGCAGAAACAGCAGCAGCAGCAGCAGCACCUGAUGCUGCGCCUUCGCACCGUCUGUCGCCGUCCCUAAGGGAACUUCUUCAUAUCUUUCGGGGGCACAAUAAUGCGGGUAUACGAGAUGCAGCAGCAGCAGCUGCUGCUGCUGCUGCUGCAGCACCGACAGCAGCAGCAGCAGCAGAAGGGUACGAAGUUAGGGCAGAGUGGCAAUGCUCCUCGCCGUUUGCUCUGUCUGCUCUAGGGGGCCCCCAGGAGGCCUUUGGGGGCCCCCUAAGUUUACCUAUCGGUUUACUAGUGGAGAGGGGGAGGGGCCUCAGGCGUCUGGGGGCCCUGCUACCUUCUUCAUUUAUAACUGCUGCUGUUGUGCUGCUGCCUGGCAUUGCUGCUGCUGCCUCUGCUGCUCAUGGGGGCCACGGGGGGCCCCUACUGCAGCAGCAGCAGCAGCAGGGGGCCCCUGGGGGGCCCCUCACCCUACUUAACAAUAUCUUCUCUCUUGAGCAAGGGUCAAGCUCUGUUAUAUACAGAAAUAAAAACCCUUCUUGGAGAUGGGCCUUCACGCUGAGGGGGCCCCCCCUUGGGGAGUUUGCUGCAGCAGUUACUGCAGCAGCAGCAGCAAUACGGGGGGCCCCCCAACAAGGGGGCCCCCAAGAGAAGGCUGCUGCUGCGCUGCUCUGCAGAGCCGCUGAUAGCCUUCGAGCUGCUGUUCAGCAACGGCCACCAGGAGCAGCAGGAGAUCCUUCUGCUGCUGCUGCUGCUGCUGCUAAUGCGCUGAUGCCGCUGCUAGCUGUUCGUUUAACAAUCUGGCUGUUGGAUGUGCGUGCAGAGGGGCCCCAGGGGGCCCUCCCUAUUCUUCCUGUGGCCGUUCAUUUUCCUGUUAUGUUUGAAGGGGGGCCCCCCUGCCCUCCUUGGCUGGGGGGCCCCCCAGACGAAGCAAAGGGGGGCCCCCUCAUACACCCCAUACCUCGCGGCUGGCACCCCUAUGGGCAGGUCUUUGUACCCAUCAGGGGCCCCCAAGAGGGUACAGUAGGGGGGCCCCCCGAGCUCGCAACCUUCUGUAUUCAACCGCCACCAGCUUCAGGCGCCAGCCUCACAAGUGCUGGGGGGGAGGCUGCUGAUGCUGAGGCUGCUGCUGCUGCUGCACCGAACGCUGCAGCAGCAGCAGCAGCGGAUACGCAGUGUGGUGUAUGCACUGCAGCAGCUUUCAUCGAGUGGGGCAACGCGUAG